AUGAUUCAGGUUGAACUACACCUUCCAGGUAGUGACCUGCAACAGAUAAAACUGGAAAACCAAACUCAGUUAUCAGAAUUCCUUCUUCUUGGAUUCUCAGAGGACCCAGCACUGCAGCCUCUCAUCUUUGCUUUGUUUCUCUCCAUGUACCUGUUCACUGUAAGUGGUAACCUGCUCAUUGUCCUGGCCGUCCUCUCAGAACCACACCUCCACACACCCAUGUACUUCUUCCUCGCCAACUUGUCCUUCUCUGACAUCUGCUUCACUUCCACCACCAUCCCCAAAAUGCUGGUGAACAUCCAGACUCAUAGCAGAGGCAUCAGCUAUACAGCCUGCAUCAUUCAAAUGUACUUUUUUAUAUUCUUCAUAGGAUUAGAAAUUUUACUACUGACCGUGAUGGCCUAUGACCGGUUUGUUGCCAUCUGUCACCCACUGCACUACACAGUCAUCAUGAACUCCCGGCUCUGUGUAAAGCUGGUUCUUUUGUGCUGUCUCAUUGGUGUCCUGAAUGCACUUUUGCAGAACUUAAUGGUGCUGAGGCUGAGGUUCUGCAAACACCUGGAAAUCCCUCACUUUUUCUGUGAGUUGAAUCAGGUGGUUCACAGAGCCUGUUCUGACACCUUUCUCAAUGAUCUCAUAAUGGAUUUUACAGCUGUGCUUUUGGGAGGAGGUCCCCUGUCUGGGAUCCUGUAUUCCUACUCUAAGAUUAUGUCCUCCAUCCGUGCCAUCUCAUCAGCUCAGGGCAAGUAUAAAGCCUUUUCCACCUGUACCUCUCACCUUUCUGCUGUCUCCCUAUUUUAUGGCACAAGCAUAGGAGUGUACCUCAGUGCCAGCGCUGCCUCAAAUUCAGCCUCAACUGCAACAGCCUCGGUGAUGUACACCGUGGUCACCCCCAUGCUGAACCCCUUCAUCUACAGCCUGAGGAACACAGACAUGAAGAAGGCUAUAAAAAGACUGUUAGGAGGAAGCAGAGCUCGCUUAGUCUUUUCA